UCUCUCAUUUUCCAAUUUAAAACAAAUAGUUAACUCUCUCGCGCACACACGCAACGCAGUCUCAUUCUCAAUCACGCCCGCCCAGACCCGUACCAAAAACUCUUCUAUCGGUUCCAUUAAAUAAACACCUAUCAUCAUCAUCAUAAUCAUCAAUCCCAUCUCUUUUGGCGAUUUAAUAAAUAAUAUUACUUAUUGGAUUGGAUGAUGAUGAUGAGGAAGAGGGAGAGAGAAAACCCGUGCGGGGUAUGCGGUCACUACCACAAGUACGAAGAGGGUGAGGUUUGCGGGAUUUGCGGCCACCGUAUGCCUGAAUCCACCGCCGAUAAGUCUCCCUCUGUUCACCUCAGCGCCUUUCCUUCUCAGAUCCUCCCCGACUUCCUUUUCUUAGGCAGCUACGACAACGCCUCUCGAUCCGAGCUCCUCAAAACCCAAGGAAUUACUCGUGUGCUCAAUACAGUUCCUGCGUGUCAAAAUCUCUACAAGAAUUCAUUCACCUAUCACUGCCUCCAAGAUGACAAGAUCUUACAAUUUGACGAUGCCAUACAGUUUUUAGAGCAAUGUGAGAGGGACAAGGCUCGCGUUCUUGUCCAUUGCAUGUCAGGAAAAAAUAGGUCUCCAGCUAUUGUAAUGGCUUACUUGAUGAAGUCCAGAGGAUGGAGACUUGCUCAAUGUUACCAGUGGGUGAAAGAGCGGAGACCAUCCGUUGAUCUAACUCAAGGCAGCGCACAAAUUUUUUCUGGUCUUGAGACCUUGAUGUAUUGGACCAAUUGGCCUAUGCAUUUUAUCUGAGAUCCUUUUGUUUCCCAGGAGAGAAGUUACCCCAUGCCUGACUAUCACUUUUGUUUGUGGGUUUUAGCCGUGCACCAGCAGUUGCAUGAGUAUGAACAGAAGCUUUUCGGGUCAAAUGAUAAUAGCAACCCUGCCCUGCCAGUCUUCCUUCCUGUAGGUGCGCCAUCUUUUAGCUUUGGCUUCCCAAAGGCUAAUGAUCCAGUUCCUGUCCAAGCAUUCAUUGGUGUUGGUGCUCCCUCUAUUUUCACACGUCCUCUAGAAGUUCCUCCACAAGAGUUCCAGUUUGGAGCUGGUCAUCCCCAGAACAUAUCAGAAAGCUCCCUUGGCACCAAUUUGCCGAACCCGAAUGGUGGGGAUGUUUCAAUGGAUUCAUGAAUUUCAAUGCCCUCCCUGAUGAAUGAGCCUGCAAGUUUAGCAAUGACUAGAAGCUAAAUGAUCAUUAAGUGAGCUUGCAAUAGUGCAAGUUACAAAAGUUCAAACUGAAAACUAUACUUUUGGUUUGGAUUUGGCGUGUGCCUUGGUUUAUUCACAGUUUAUACAAGAGUGUUAAUUCCAAGAGUA